GGGCGCUAAUCAGUCGGAGCUUUCCGUCAAUGAGCAUAAGCUCUUCAACUCAACGGGUCUCACCUCUGAACAACCAUCUCCGGCCAACGAGAUGGCGCUGUACUCGACGGCGAUGGAGGCGGUAGAAGCGUACACGGGGCUGUCCCCGAUGGCGUUCUUCACGAUCCUCGCCAUGAUGGUCGUCACGUACAGGAUUGUCUGCACCAUGUUCGUUCACCCCGAGGAUCACAGCACUUCUGCGUCUAAGGCGGUGGACCCGUCCGCCAGCUUCCAACCGCCCGCGGAGCCGGUUCAGCUGGGAGACGUGACGGAGGAGCAGCUGCGAGCUUACGACGGCUCUGACCCGACCAAGCCCCUCCUCAUGGCUAUCAAGGGCCAGAUCUACGACGUGUCCCGCGGAAGGAUGUUCUAUGGUCCUGGCGGACCAUAUGCGAUGUUCGCUGGAAGGGAUGCAAGCAGGGCUUUGGCCUUAAUGUCUUUUGAUCCUAAAGACCUUACAGGGAACAUCGAAGGCCUGAGUGAGUCCGAGCUUGAAGUAUUACAGGACUGGGAGUACAAGUUCAUGGAGAAAUAUGUGAAGGUUGGGCAGCUCAUCCCUUGAGGAGCUAGAACUCACGUCGAGGACAAAGUUCAAGAGAAUAAGAACCAAGAAGAAGAUGCCGGACCAAAGUAAAAUCAAACCAGACGCUCUGUACUUCUUCACACUUGUCUGAUGUCCUCAAUAGCAUGAGUGACUGCCUAAAUUUGUAGACUAGAUAACGGUCUCAUUGUUUAGAAAUGUCAUUUGGUUGCCAUAAAGUUUCCUAUGAAAAAAUACAGCUACCGAAUCAGGGAAAUAUUCCGACUUUGUCAGAUAGCAUGUUCGCCAAGAUCAGCUGAUGAGAGAAAGGGAGACAGAAGGCAGCCCGAUUCUCUCAUCUGGCGAGUUGAACGCCUUUGUAUACUCUUAGAAGGAUUGUUAGCAAACUACGGGGUUUACGUGAAAUCAUAUAUGCAGUACGGUUAGUAGACAUAAAGAACGCUGCAAUAUUCUACCGCCUACUUUGAAGACGAGUACUCCUCAAUGCAAUGGCGGUAGUUGUACUUCCAUUCAAUCUCUCCUUACAUAUGUCUAAUGAUUGCAGUGAAUAAUAUGUUUUGAUCUUCGGAGAAA